AUGGCCAACCCCUUCUCAGUGCUCUGCUCACCUUUGUUCUUCAUCCUGAUGCACUCUGUGUUACCUUCGGUUUCAGAACAUCGACAUUGGUGGCCACCACGUGGAAAUAUUAAGGUGAAAUGUCCAUAUAAAUAUGUAGACUUGAGUUGGUUCAGUGGAACAGUGAACCCCUGCCCAGGUUUAAUUCAAUCCAUGUGUGGAACCAAUUCUGUGACCUAUGAAAACCCCUGCAUCUUGUGUAUUGUAAGCUUGAAAUCUAAGGGAAGAAUUAGAUUCCAACACGAUGGAAUAUGCUAG